AUGGUCGAACCCACUGUGCACAAUACUUAUGGCGCUCUCGUCAUUGGCGUCUCUUUUGCCAUAUUCCUCUUUGGCGCCAUCUCUCUCCAGGCUUACCGGUACUAUUUCGCCUUUCCAAACGACCGGAUCGGAUUUCGCUAUCUCGUCACAGUAAUCUGGUUCCUAGAACUCGGACACACUGCUGGCAUCACAUAUGAACUCUACACUGUUGCAGUCACCAGAAAUGACACCGUACUGGCGUUCCCUGGCCUCGGGGUCGCGCUGCUCAUUGGCGGACUUGUUACAAUGCUUGUCCAAUGUUUCUUCGCUAGGCGGCUGUGGAAACUGCUUCCAAGACCAUACAACCUCAUAGGCCUCCUCUGCGUCGUUCUCGCAAUUGUUCGUGCGAUCGGAAGCACAUUCCUCGCCACCAAAGCUAUCACGUCGAAAGACGUCACCAGCUUCCAACUCAACUGGAACUGGCUCGUCACUGCCCUUCUAUCCCUUGGUGCUUUCCUCGACCUCGCCAUUGCUGCAUCGAUGUUAUCCUUCCUUAUGGUGCAACGAAACGACCGCCUGGGCCAGUUUGGUCAGCUCAUGGAUCGCCUAGUGGCAUAUACGAUUCGCACAGGCCUGUUCACCAGCGUAACAGCUGUAGUUGUCCUCAUCUGCUUUCAAACAAUGCCAGGAAAUUUCAUAUGGAUAGCAACCUACGCCUUCCUCGCCAAACUCUAUUCCAAUUCUCUCCUGGCAGCACGACAACUACGAAACGCCGUCACCGAAGCCCCCGAACGUUUCCAUCGUUCAAAACCACCGUCCAUACGAACCACGGAAUCACGAGCUCAAUCCAUCCAAGAGCGCAGAACUGGCACAUUUUCUCUACGCCCAUCCAGGCCUCCAAUGUUCUCGUUCGAGAUGCAUUCACCUGUGUAUCCGGACGACUCUCAUAUCCGGGGCUACUGGGAGGAACUUCCAGGUACUCCAAGCUCACCACAAAGUCCCAGCAGGGCGUACUACGGGAUCAACGAAAAGCCUCGACAAUACUGA